AUGGGCAUCUCGCCCCUGAAAAUUGGCCCACUCAUCUCCAAGCUUCUGCUAGCAUUUGUAUAUGUGACGGCCGCGCUUGCCUUGCUUGCAGAAGCAAUCGCAGAUAUACCAAUUGGAGUAACUCCGAUAACACUCUCGUCAGCGGCCUUGCCAAGUUUGCCUCUACCGAACACGUUUAAUCGAGGGUCUCAUCAAAGCUUUUCGUCCGGUGCCGAGUUCUCUGUGACACCUACCAACAUCAGCACUCAAAUUGAGCCAAUUCCAGCCAGCUUGAACUCAUCCUCGAUAGUCGCCAGUACACAGGGAUCCACAAGUAUCGACAAUUCAGUUCUGUCAAGUGUGUCGAAUUCUUCCUCAGAACCUGCCGAAUUGUCCAAUGCCAGUUCAACUACGUUCACAAGGUCAGUGGAAAUCUUAUCAGCCGCCUCAGACACCACCGCAUCUACCAAGGCAACUUCGACAACCACGAUCACAAUCACAGCCAGCGGGCGUACAAGUCUUGCAAGCAUAUCAUACACGUCAACAGAGACUCAAACUGUGACGAGGUCAUGGAAGAAAACUGAGCAUGUCACCAUGACUGUGACUGAAGCUUCCAGUCUAUCAUCGCUCGACACAUCCACUCCAAGCACCGGAUCAAGGCCGAGCGUAUUGCCAUUCGUACUGAGUUCUUCGGCUGCAUCAUCUGUAGAGUCAUCAACGAAUGCUGGGUUCUUUAAGCCUACGGGACUCAAUAACACCUCGACCACGGACACCCAGCCCGAUAUCAUGACUGCUCCCAGCUUUUCGGUGCCGACAUUCACAGACAACAUAGUCUUCUCCACCUCCAGCUCGGUUCUGCCGUUCUCAGCUCCCACCAAUAUGGCGACAACCACCUCAGAACCUUCGAUCGUAACAGCUGCUCCCGAUUCAAGCUCUGCGCCAUUCCCAAACAACAACUACACAACGUUCUGGGAAAGCUAUUCAAGUUGGAUGUCUGCACACGCCACCGAAAGCGGAAUGGGUAGUGGGUCGUCCCCCAGUCUAUUCCAACCGCCGCUCUUGAACACCUCUCAGGCUGUAACUACUUCCCAUGGCAGUUCUUCUCCACCUGUUGUAGUGACCACAUCUCACCCGCCAAACCUCACAUACACAUCGAGUCUGCCAUCAGGAGUAUGGAUCUCGUUCAAUAGCCAGGGCGUACCGUUCUCGGUCUCCAGCUACAUUUCAGCAGGCAAGACGUUCCAAACAAAUCUGGGCGUCAUCACCACUACAUGCAUACCCACCACGACCAUGACCGCAGCACCCGCAGGAACCGUUUCAGCGACCCGCGUGUUCCUACAAUGCGGCCCAGGAAGAGGACCCCAAGUCACGGAGAGCAUCGACACUGGCACCGGCAUGAGCUCAACUCAAGUAACACCACCAAAAUCGUCCACCACAUCGCCAUCCAUCCAAGUAACCGCCCCCUUCCCACCCCCGGUCAUCAGCUCAUCGACGCCCUUGACCACCCGCUCGUGCACUCUCGCUGCCGCGGUCUGCAUAUUAGAGGAGCUCAGCACGAUGAAUCUCGCCGGGCCCAGCACAGCUGCCGCCAGAAAUGCCGGCAUGACUUCUGGCGUCGUUGCAGACUCGAAGGUGCCGGCGUCUGUCCCGACAACGUUUUCGACCAGCACGGUUACUAAACGCGGAUUGGGCCGUGGUACUGGAUUCGGGAAGCGUGUGGAUGAUGGGAAGCGGGCUUUGGGCCGCUUAUUCUGGGUGUAA